UCAGCUAUGCAAUGUGCAAAUCAUUGUUCGUUCCAUGUGGAGGAGCAGAGCUGCUGUUUGACAAAGUGAAGAAACAUACACUGGAGUUGCCCCAUACUGAUAAGACAUGGACAGUUCGGAAGCUUCUUUUGUGGAUUAAGGAUAACUUACUGAAAGAAAGACCAGAGCUUUUUCUACAAGGAGAAACUGUGAGGCCUGGUAUACUUGUUCUAGUUAAUGAUGCUGACUGGGAACUCUUGGGGGAGCUUGACUAUGAGCUGCAGCAAGGUGAUAAUGUGAUGUUCAUAUCGACCCUUCAUGGAGGCUGAAGAGUCCUGAGCACUGUGCGACAGUGGAAUUUUGGCUUUAACCCUGCUGUUGAUGCAGCAUUAAUAUACUAAUUUAUGUACAACACUUUUCUAAAAAUAUAUGUAUAUAAAUGUAUAAACAUUCGCUUUCCUGCCAUUUAAAACUUUCUAGUUGUUACAGUAUGCAGAGUUAGUUGUCACAAAAAGUUCAGUCAUUUCUGAAUCAGGACGACAACUUUGAAUCAUCACACAAUUCAGUUAUGAAGCAAAGCAAUGACUGAUAGUGUCUCAGUUAGUUUUCUCUUCUGUCAAAAAGUUCACAACAUAAUGCCACAAAAACACAUUUGCAUUGAAAAUGUAGGACAUUGAAUGAGCUGCAAAGUGUCAUUUCAAAUCUUUAGCCCUGAAACAGUGACACAUGAAAUGUUUGCCAUUGGAAAGUACUAGUUGGACCUAGAGUGACGACUUCACAACGAGAUUGAUGUCUGAACAUUGUGGCCAAUUAAAUCUCAGUUUUGAAAUGGGAUUCGAACUCUGGAAACUUCACAUUUUGCUGGCAAGUGUUCUGUUGGCUUAGCUAUCGAAGCACUACUUAGCAGAAGAGAUACUGGUGGAAUUUAAGCUGUGAGGUUGGUUUGGGAGUCAUGCUUACAUAGCUCAGUUGGUAGAGCAUUUCACUCGUGGAAGGCAAAGAUCUGAGUUUGAGUCCUGGUCUGGCACUGUUUUAAUCUGCCUGGAAAUUUCAAAUCAGCUCAUACCCUGUGCUGUAGAGGGAAAAUUAAUUCAGGGUUGAUAUCUGGCUAUAACUACGUGACAAAAUCUGUUUGUAAGGGAAAGAUAAUACAUAAUAUGAUGAGACCAGACCAGUUUGUUGAUGAUGGGGCUCUGAUAAGGAGGUGUAAAGGAGAUUGUGCAAUUUUCGGAGCUUUACAUUUUGAUUGGUGAACUAGAGACCUCAUGUCUUGACAAAUGAUGGUGCAAUCUCUCUGUCUUAUUUCUCUGCAUUGUACAAACUGUAUUAAGUGUAUGUUCCUUCAGAAGUCUGGAGGCAAGGCUGCAACUUGUGAACCAGUUAUCUGCAUAACAUUGCUACCGGAACGCAAAAUAGAUUGUCUAAUUUGUUCCACUAAGUCUCUUGUUUUAUUGCUACAGCCAUCUGGCUGUAGACCUAUAUAGGCUCCUAAAUUCACAGCCUGGCAUCAAUUAAGGCAGAGAUGUUCAAAUCAUACUUUGCUGUUAAUAUACAAAAAGAUACAUGUGGAGGAGCUACUGGAACCGCUUGUGUUCCUUUUUAGUGAUAUGGUUCAUCCAGACUUUCUCUUUGCAGACAGUGCCCAUCCACACAGAACUGCUCAUUCCGAUUAACUUUUCUUAAAAUUUGAAGAUCCUUGUAGGAUAAACUGGUUUGUGGAUCUUACUCUUAUGUUAAGUGAAUCUUAAUGUCAGCAGUAAAAUAUCAGAAGUUAGUCAGGGAUAUUUUAUUAGUGUUUUGGUACCUGGAACCUAUGGUCUGUGGUUGAUCGUUACAGAUUAAUUAUGAUUUAGGAGCAUCUCUCCCAUAGGACUCAGUGAAUCCAUACUCAGGUGCAUUUGUCCAGAUCUUUAUCAGUAGAAUUUUUGUUACUGUGGUAUGAUACUAUUAACGUAUAACAAAAGCUGCAGGUAAAACAAACCAUGGACAGAAUUGAGCAGUAUUGAAUGCAAACUUGAGGGUGAAGAGUAAAUUUGUCAUCAGUGUUGGCAGGGGGUGAGUGAAGGAAACACAGUUGUUUCCAAACAAAACAUGCAGCGCAUGCCACCAAGAUGUGGACUGUCAUACAGAUGUUUUCAGUGCAAUACGUAUACGAAGGUGAACAGGGUAAGAAAUCAAAUAAAAUGCAAGUACUCUGUACUGAACCACUGGAGAUCACUGGUCCUUAUUUCAAAACACUUGGAAAAUAUCCCUGAACAACUUCCGGAAUGUUGUUGGUGGAGUUUGGGUAUAUGUCUGGUACAUGCAGGUAACAAAUAAGAACCUGUUGCUGCCAGCAAAGGGUGUCUUCCAAAUCUCUGCUUAUGUCUUUCAAGAAUGGAACUAAUUGCUGAUAAAGCUGUUGCACUGCCAUACAGACCAUUGCAGUUAGUGUAACGAAAUCUUGUCUUAAUUGUUUUGUUUUGAAAAAGUGUU